AUGUUGACAAGAGAAAAUACGAAUUUGUGUGUAAUCGAACAACUAAUUAAUAAACCAUUCUUAGAUCGACCAAAAGAUGAACAAGAUGAAAUAAUCAAAACCGGACGUCCCACACCGAUAAUGCCAAAUUUAACAAAAAAAUAUCAUAAUACAAAUCGACAUUUCAACAAUCGACAUUACGUUCGUUACGAAUGGCUAACAGGAAGUAUAAAGUUAAAUAAACUAUUCUGUUGGUAUUGUUUAUUAUUCGAGGAUCGUAAAAAAGAUAAAUGCAAAUAUUUAUGGGCAUCUGUUGGAUACAGUGAUAUGAGGCAAUUAGUGAUGGCAGCCACUCGACAUGCCUUGUCGCAAAACCAUCAUAAGCAUAUGAUCGAAUAUCAUAAAUUCCAAGAUAGGUUCAACAUUCCAGUUCCAAAACAAUCGAAUAUUAUAAAAAAGACAAGCGUACAUAAAUGUACUAUCAAUCAGAUCUUAGGAUCUCCCUUUUUAGAUCGGUCUAUGAAAGAACAAUUAGAAAUAUAUCAUAAUGGUCGACCUACACCACCAAUGCCGUUACUAUUUAACUACGAUUUAAAAACGAAUACCAAAGUAGGGUUUCAAACAGAGAACUACAUAAAAUACAAAUGGAUGGCUGGAAGUCAAAAAUUAAAUCGUUUAUACUGUUGGUCGUGUUUAUUAUUCGCGGAUCCAUCAUUAAAUGAAGAAUGGAUCUCAAUAGGAUUUAAUAAAAUGGAUGCAUUUGAGAAAUCGGUUCAUGAUAUAACAAUCGAUAAUUUUUUAAGUACAGAAAUUCAUGAAAAACAUUUAGAAUGUGAUUCUGAUGAUGAUUUCGAAUCAUUUAUCGAUAAUGUAUCGAUCAAUCCGAAUAUUAUUGAUUCAAAUAAUGUUCAAGAUUAUUUAAAUAAAUAUGAAUGUAUUAUACAACAAAUUGUAACAAAUAAUUUUGUAAAUUUUUCGGAAGAUUUACAAAAACAAAUACUUGCAAACGGACGUCCAACGCCUGAUACUUCACAAUUUUCGAAAUUAGGUGACACGUUCUUCAAUAAAUAUUCUUGGCUCACAGCAAGUAUACAAACAUUCAAAUAUUAUUGUUGGCACUGUUUGUUAAUGAAAGAACCAUACGAUACAAAUUUUUGGGGUGAAGAAGGUAUACCAUAUGCUAAAAAUCUACCAAAUCGUAUUGAAAAACAUACAAAAUCUAAUAUACAUAUAAUAUGUACAUCUAAAUACAUUGAGCUCUUAACAAAAUUUGAAAUAACCGUCGGAUCUUUAACGAAAAAUCAAUCCGUUAACGAUGACGAUGAAGAAAACUCAUUCUUAGAAAAAUACAAAGAUUCGAAUUGUAUAGUUAUACAAUUAUUACGACAUAAAUUUGAAAGUCGAACAAACGAUGAACAAAAGACAAUUAUAAAAAAUGGGAGGCCUACACCAGCAAAUUUGGUUCGUCUAGAAUGUUAUCAAAAAUAUGAAUGGCUUUGUGGUAGCCAAAUAUUAAAUAAAUUAUUUUGCUGGAAUUGUUUAUUAUUUGGAAAAUCAACAUGGGGUCGUGAAGGAGUAUCAAAUAAUUUAAAAAUAACGGACGCAUUAAAAAAACAUGAUAACUCAAUGAAUCACAAGCAUUGUCUCGCAAAAUAUCAAACGUUAUCGAACACUCGUUGUUUAAUAAACGAAUUAUUAGGGCGUCCAUUUUGUAAUCGCACAUUACAAUCACAAAUCGAAAUCAUUAAAAAUGGUAAAUUAACACCUGGAAUGCAAGGGGAACAGUUUAUUGAAAAUUUUGACACAUUUAAUUAUGUGAAAUAUCAAUGGUUAACUGGAAGUAUAAAAUUAUGUAAAUUAUUUUGUUGGCCAUGUUUAUUAUUUGCUGAUCCUGAAUCCACAAAUGUUUGGAUACAAACUGGUUUUGGUCAAUUACAGAAGUUGGAUUUAUCAGCUUGCGAACAUCAAAUUUCUGAUAUUCAUAAGGAAAUGGUCAAAAAGUUGGAUACUUUUAAAAAAAUGUACUGCGAUAACGAAUUAUUAAGUGUUAAUUAAUGUGAAACU